UGUGUUUCCGGGGAAAUCUGUUGCAACCGGCAUCGUGUGACAUGUAAUUCCAGUCUGUUCGUCAGUAUUACUGGAGUAUAUAAAUAACAUCAUUUAAGAUCAAGAUAAUACAAUUGAACUAGGUUAACUACUGCAGGUUUGAGAUAUUUUACCAAAAUGUCGGAACCUGCGGCACCACCUCCGGCCGGUGGAGACACCACAGAUGGUAUGCCGAAAGUAAAAACUGAAAAAGAACUAAAAAAGGAGAGAGCGAAACAAGAGAAAUUGGAAAAGUUUAAAGCCAAACAAGAAAAGCUUAAACAACAGCAAGAAAAGGAGAAGGGCAAACCGAAAGAGGAUGAGAAGAAAAAAGAACCAAAAAAGGAGAAAGCUACAAUAACAUAUAACAAGCCAACCAAACCAGGGGAGAAAAAAGAUAUAUCCGGUGACAUGCCAGAUUCCUACAGUCCCCAUUAUGUGGAGGCAGCAUGGUAUGAGUGGUGGAAUGGUCAGGGCUUCUUCAAACCAGAAUAUGGGGGUCGUGACAUCAACAGUGUGCCAUAUGAGGAUAAGUUUGUAAUCGUGAUUCCUCCCCCAAAUGUCACAGGUUCCCUCCAUCUGGGACACGCACUCACUACAGCAGUAGAGGACUGUAUUGUAAGAUGGAAUCGAAUGAAUGGGAAGAUGACGUUAUGGAACCCAGGCUGUGACCAUGCAGGAAUUGCCACACAAGUUAUGGUAGAAAAGAAGAUCAAGAGAGAAAGAAAUCUUACACGACAUGACCUGGGCCGGGAGAAAUUUGUGGACGAAGUAUGGAAGUGGAAAAAUGAGAAAGGAGACCGUAUAUACCACCAGUUGAGGAAGCUUGGUGGCUCCUACGACUGGGAAAGAGCCUGCUUCACCAUGGAUCCUAAAUUGGUGCGGGCAGUACAGGAAGCAUUCAUACAAUUACAUGAAAAAGGACUGAUUUACCGUAGUGUACGCCUUGUAAACUGGUCCUGUACACUCAAUUCAGCCAUCUCAGAAAUCGAGGUAGACAAGAAGGAAAUACCUGGUCGUACCAUGUUACCUGUAGCUGGGUACAAAGAAAAGAUUGAGUUUGGUGUGAUUGUGUCAUUUGCCUAUCCAGUAGAAGGCUCAGAUGAGGAGAUUGUUGUGGCUACCACUCGUAUUGAGACAAUGCUGGGUGAUACAGGUGUGGCCGUCCAUCCUGAGGAUGACCGAUACAAACACCUACAUGGCAGGUUUGUCACUCAUCCUUUCAUCGACAGACGUAUGCCCAUCGUCCUAGACGACUUUGUAGAUAGGAACUUCGGAACAGGUGCUGUGAAGAUUACACCUGCCCAUGACCACAAUGAUUAUGAGGUUGGGGUACGCCACAACAUGCCUUUUCUCACCAUUAUAGAUGACAAGGGCAACAUGACACCAGAUUGUGGAGAAUUUGCUGGUAUGAGGAGAUUUGAUGCACGAUUAGCUGUUCUGGAAGGCCUCAAAAAAAAAGGUCUCUAUAGGGAGACCAAAGAAAAUCCUAUGGUUGUACCUAUCUGUAGCCGCUCCAAAGAUGUGAUAGAGCCCCUACUCAAGCCCCAGUGGUAUGUCAGUAUGCAGUCCAUGGCUGACAAGGCAGUUAAGGCCGUGAGAGAAGGGGAGCUGAAACUCAUCCCAGACAUGCAUGAGAAAACCUGGUACCACUGGCUGGAAAACUCCAGGGAUUGGUGCAUAUCCAGACAGCUGUGGUGGGGGCAUCGCAUACCCGCUUAUUUCAUCACCGUUGAUGACCAAUCUGUUCCUCCAGGGGAGGACACUGACGAAAAGUACUGGGUGAGCGGGCGAUCCGAGGAGGAAGUCCGACAGAAAGCUGCAGAACGUUUCAAGGUCAGCGAGGACAAAAUAUCUCUCAAACAAGACGAGGAUGUGUUGGAUACGUGGUUCUCGUCAGGAAUAUUUCCAUUCUCCAUCUUUGGAUGGCCAGAAAAGACCCCUGAACUACAAGCAUUUUACCCUGGCGCACUGCUGGAGACUGGCCAUGACAUCCUCUUCUUCUGGGUAGCUCGUAUGGUCACCAUGGGCUUGGAGUUAAUGGGUCAGCUUCCAUUUAAAGAGGUGUAUCUCCAUGCGAUGGUGAGGGAUGCUCAUGGAAGGAAAAUGUCUAAAUCUCUAGGCAACGUCAUUGAUCCAAUCGAUGUAAUCCACGGGAUCACCCUGGAAGAGCUACACAAGAGACUGGAAGAUGGAAACUUAGAAAAGAAGGAAAUCGCCAAGGCUCAGGAGGGACAGAAAGCAGACUACCCUAAUGGUAUACCAGAGUGUGGAACAGAUGCCCUCAGAUUUGCACUAUUAGCCUACACAGCUCAAGGUCGUGAUAUCAACCUGGACGUCCUCCGUGUCCAGGGAUACCGAUUCUUCUGUAACAAGUUGUGGAAUGCCACCAAGUUUGCUCUCGGAGCCCUGGGGGAAAACUUCAAACCCAACGCCACUCGACAGUUGUCGGGUAAAGAGAAGGAGAUGGACCGUUGGAUCCUCAGUCGACUCUCCUAUGCUGUAGACCAGUGUGGAUAUGGAUUCCGUAGCUAUGACUUUCCUGCUGUCACUACCUGUUGUUACAACUUCUGGUUGUACGAACUCUGUGAUUGGUAUUUAGAGAACUCGAAGCCAGUAAUCUAUGGUACUGAUGAGGAGGCUAAAGACUGUACACGUCAGGUCCUGUAUUCCUGCUUGGAGGCGGGUCUCCUCCUACUCCACCCUCUCAUGCCGUUCAUCUCAGAGGAGCUGUACCAGCGGUUGCCACGACGAACUCCUUCAGAACCACCCAGUAUAUGUAUUACACUAUAUCCAAAGUCAGGAAAUUACCAAGACCGUAACUCUGACUUGGAGAAGGAGGUAGAAUUUGUCCAGAAUGUCAUCAAGAGUAUCCGUUCAAUGAGAUCAGAUUACAACUUAACCAACAAAAACAAGGCUGAUGUUUACCUGAAAUGUGUGGAGCAGGAAGAUGCGACAAUGCUGGGUCGCUAUAGCAACCUGAUUCAGACAAUGACCAACUCAUCCUCCAUUUCCAUUCUGAUGGGUGAUGAUCCCCCCGAUGGCUGCUGUGUACAAACUGUCUCUGCCAAGUGUGAAAGUCAUCUGAUGCUCAAGGGACUCAUUGACCCAAGUAAGGAGCGUAGCAAGUUAGAUGGAAAGAAGAACAAGCUAAACUCACAACUACAGAAGCUCACAGAAGCCUCUAAAAAACCUGACUACACCAGCAAAGUUCCACAGGAAAUCAGGGACCAGAACUCUGAAAAGAUGACAGAGAUUUCUGUAGAAAUAGAGAAACUGACCAAAGCUAUGGAAACGCUUGGAAAACUGUGAGAAAUCCUUACAGUAGACAUCUACUAUUAUGUGGAUCAGUUAUUUGAUGAGAAUACAAAUCUGGUGAAUGGGUUAUAAACUGUUCAUGUUGAAGAGCACUACAAACAGUCAUGAACUGAAGAUAAAUUUUCUAAAAAGUUUAGGAGGAUAUGGAAUGGCGAAUAAAGCAGUUUUAAUCUCUCUUGUUAAGAAUCUGUAUGUACAAUGAAGAUUUUUACAGACUGUGAAUGCUGGUAAAUGAUUUUGUCUCAGGAUUAACACACCUAGAACCAGAGAGGAGCCACAGAAUGGCUGUGUUGUACUCCAAUGUUCUGUGAGAUCAUGUUAUAUUGUUAUUUAUUUACCAAUACACUUUGUAGUGUCUGAAGUACUUCCAUUCCUCUAUACCACCCAGUUUUGACCUUCAAUUUGAAGGUGGUGUCAAGGUCGGUAGAGGCUGGGAAGUAUUUGUCAUCAUACAGCUUGCUUCCUGAUCUAGGAUACUUGAUGCCUGUGUACAGUAUGUUUUAAUGUUUAUAAUUCAUAAAUAAUUCAAUUCUCAUUACACCCUACAAAACUAUAUCAACUGAAUUGUUUAAACUUUCAGACCAAAAUAGUUUUGGCUUUAUGCGGGUAUAAGGUAAUAAUUUUCUAGGUCUGGCAUAUGGGUCCUCAACAACAAACUAUAGCAGAUAACAUGUUAGGUUUGGAGACAUGCUUGUAGCACUUGUCAAUGUUCCCUGAAUGCUGGUUAUCCACCAAGGGUGAGAUCAGUAGAAUCUUUCACCCCCUUGGGGGUGAGACAGGGGAAUCUCAACUUGAGGGGAAGAUUCUUAAGGUGCCAAACACGAGGCUUGCCGAGUGUUUGGCAGCUGAAUUAUCUUACCCCGAGGGUUGAGAUUCCCCUGUCUCACGUCCAUGGGGGUGAAUGAUUAUUUUUCUCUUACCCUGUUUACCCUUUUCUGUAUCUAUUUAUUGAUUCAAUUCAAGGAAAUGUCGACGUGACGUGAUUGAAUUGUCGACAUGACAUCAAUGUAUUGUUGACGUGACAAAAUGCAAUUGUUGAGAACGUGAAAAGAGCAUGUGUAGCUUGUCUUUUCCCUAGGGUGAGAUAAGAAAAUCUCACCCCGGUAAAACUGCAGAUAUCCCUGUCCAGUGUAAGAGAAAUCUUAGUCCAGUGUGGUAGAAUAAGAGAAAUCUUAGUCCAGUGAGGUAGAAUAAGAGAAAUCUUGGUCCAGUGAGGUAGAAUAAGAGAAAUCUUAGUCCAGUGAGGUAGAAUAAGAGAAAUCUUGGUCCAGUGAGGUAGAAUAAGAGAAAUCUUAGUCCAGUGUGGUAGAAUAAGAGAAAUCUUGGUCCAGUGAGGUAGAAAAGUAUCUCCACUAGAGUUAGGACCCCAGUCUGUCCUACCCACGGAGCUUAUGACCUGUUUUCUCAAAUCUAAGUGUGUAAGGUUAUACAUCACCGCCUGAUACUUUCCACUAUUUACAACUUAAGCUUUUAUUAUCUAUAUAUGGAGAGUACACUUAGUACCUAUAUAUGGAGAGUACACUUAGUAUCUAUAUAUGGAGAGAGUACACUUAGUACCUAUAUAUAUAGAGUACACCAGUUUGUAAUCACACGAUAUAUAAGUACCUCUGUUAGGUAUUGAACUAGUGACCCCAGACUACUUGCUGAUGAUGGACUGGCCACUUUUACAUUAUCAAACUUGAUGCUGUCUUUGCCAUGUUUGUUGUCUUCAGACAAAUGUCAUUUAGUGAUAUUCAAUAUUUGAUGCCAAGAUUUAUUUGAGCGAGAAAGUUAAGAAAAUGUGAGAAAUAAAGACAUGAUUCUCUAGAAAAGAUCUCAAAAGCCUUAACGGAUGUGUUAUUAUUAUUAUGUUUAAGAGAUGUAAAUGAGGUACAUCAGGAUGUUUCCUUAUGUAUUGUGAGAAUGUAACACUGGACACUAAUUGUCCAAUCAUUACUUGUUUCAGUGCUCUUUUUCAGAAAUUCUCAAUUGUACAAUUAGAAUUAUUCAUAGCUAAUUAUGAGUAAAAUUAUUAUACAAAAUUACACAAUCUGGCUAUAUUUAAUUUACAAUGUACACCAGCAGAAUGACAGUUCUUUCUGAGUUCAGUUGAAAUAUAACUUGUGUCCCUGAGUCUGUUCUUUCUAACCAACUUGACACCUUUUGGUGCUGUAAAUGUAAUUUUCAGCGAGAAAAAACCCAGCAAGCAUGAGAAUAAUAUAAUAUAUUGUCUUCGUUGUAAGGAAAAGUUUUACAAAAUUUCAUAGCCAUAAAAAUCCAACUUUGAUACACAUCACUCAAAUCAACUUACCAUAUCCUAAGUCAUCUACUUCUAGUCUUUGGAGAUUUUCAGAGUCUGUCAGAAAUAUGGUUAAAACUUUUGGAAGAAGACUCUAUGUACAUUGUAUUUGUAAUACACAUUGUCACGUACUAUGAAUUUAUAAACAAAUUGUCGUUCAUGUAACAGGACACAUAAGGGAAUCUACUGGUAUCUCAGGUAUACGUCGAAUUUAUCCUUUCAAUUUUUAAGCAGCUUGAUAUUAAAUCUGUCACAAUAUUUACUGUUAAGUAAAUUGCCAUACCUGUAAAAUGCUUGCCGCUAAUAAAAUGUCAUUAGUACACGAG